AAGUGAUAUUAACUAUAUAAGAACCCUUUGUGCGUUCGCAAAUCCACAACUUCUAUUGACUUACUUAGACUUGAUAGAACUGAAUCAUUUUGUUGUCUAAACAUGAUUCUCGUAUGGUUUCUGCGAAUUUUUGACAAUUAAGUAAUUGAUUUAGUAGUAAACUUGCCAAAUCAAUACUUAUUGCAGCUUUUGAGCAGAACAAUCUAUCAGGAGUGGCUCAAUCCACAUCUGUAUAGGUUGAUACAUUUUAGUAGGCUACAUUUUCACUUUCUUGGAACUGUGUAAUUAUUAGGUUUGUAAAUUACUCGAACUUACCAGAAUUUACAAAGUCAUUUUAAAAUUUAGAAACUUCUUGCAUCAUCUUUUCAACAUCCCAUUUAAAAUUUGUCUUACUCCUGAAAAGCAAAAGUUUUAUCAAAUGCAAUAUUGUUUGUUGGUAUCUACUGACAAAGCUUCUCUAUGAUUAAAAAAAAUUACAUGACAAAACUGUGUAGACAGAAAAACAUUUCAUGAAACUUCACUUUUCUCAGAGUUACAAUGAAUAUAUCUUCGACAAAUGUUUUGGUGAAGUAAAAUCUUCAUAGAAUUUGCAAGAAGGGUUUCUCGUGUAAAAAAUAUAUAUCUAAAGCAUUGUGAUGAUGUCCUUGCUUUUGUUGGUUGUUAUGUAUUUUGCAAUGUUGCUUGUCCCCAAAACCCACAAUCUUUAACUUAAGCAGCCUGCUUUUCGACUUGAUGGACGCGCUUGGUUGGUUGAAAAUUGGGUCUGACGGAUACGCAGUUCGUUUCGAAUCGGACGAAGAAAAAUAUGUUACCUGUCUCACCGACAUGGCUUCACUUUGGUGUCAACAACAAACCGCUAAUGAAAUCAUGAAACGAUGUCAGGAUUUAAACCCAUUGAUUGAGACAACAGCAAAAGGUUUGAUUCGACAACUUCGCGCUGUGCUGGCUAAUAAUCCCGAAAGUCAUAAUCUUCGUGUGGAUUCCAAUAAUCAAAUAGCUAUUUUGAGAAUAGAGUCUCGCUUGGAGAGUAAUCUCCCUUUUAUUUGGGAAUUCGAUUUGACACUGGAAAACGCUGAUCAGUUUCGUUCUUUUGUAAUUCGCCCAUUGUUGGCUAUGCUAAGUGAGGCCGUAAGUAUAGAAGACGAGCUGUGCACCAUCAUCAGAAGCAAAGAUAAGCAGAUUGAUGACUACAAAGCCUCUGGUGCAUCCGUAUCCCGACGGAAUUUGGAAACAAAAGAAUUCAACGCAGAGGCCUUCUUCGCGUCACGUCCAUGGCGUACAAUCGAUGAGAGCGUCAAAGAGGAUAUAACAGCGCUAUUUUGUCGGGUCGUCGUUAGAUUAAAACAGCUAUAUUCUACCAUUGCCAAGAGGAUUUUAUCACAAAAACUAAUGCCUGUUCUAAACGAAUCAUCAGAAUCAACAAAAUCAAUUUCAGAAGAAAUUGCCACCCCAAGAGAGUCGUCGUCAAAGGAAAGUGAAACAAGCCGGGCAGAAGCCAUUAGAAAGCGGUUAUACGAAGAAGAACUGAAUGAAAUGGCUAAAAGCGCAAAAAAGGCCAAAAUUAAGAAGAUCUUGUAAAUUUUGAUUACUAUAGGCUUUUUCCAUUUUAUAUAAUUGCAUGGUAGCGUGACAUUGGCUUUUGUAUUAUUCAAUUAAACAUCAACUGUACAUAGGGCAA